AUGUCCAGUCGGUUAUCGGUCCUCACAGUUCUCUCGACAUUGAGCUCGGCCGUAGGCGCAGGCGCUCAGGACGAUGCCAGUGAGUCGAAGUCGAGGGAAGAGCAAUUCGAAGGAGGUAUGCAAGACACCAUCACCCACGAGCUGAUACCUGUCCGACGGGGACGGCACCCGCCCCGAGUCGAAAUCACAGCCAGCCGGGGAUGUCUGGAGAUCAAGUUGCUGCUGCUAUCCCCGGUGCCGUCAGAACUCCCGCCUUUCGAGAAGUCGGUGGUGCACAUAUCGACCACCACGAAGCCCGUGCGCAUCACGGUGUAUCGCGCUUGCGGUGCCGAGAGCCAUUUCCUGCAGCUCACGAUCGCGGCGAAGCCCAGCGCGGACGUGACGAUCGUUCUCCCUCUCACGUUCCGGGGUAUCGUGAACGUGGAAAGCCACCCAAGGAAGCCUCGCGUGCUCUGCAACACGGCGUUCUCGGGGCGGAUGAAGUGCGGAUUUAUAACCCUAGAUCGGGGGCGCACGGCUGCGGUUGACGAGGACGAGAUCAGCGUGCGCACGCCCGCGCGCGUCGAGCUGCGCCUCAUGGACGCGGGCGACCGCGACCGGCAUACGAUGCUCGACCGGCUGAAGCUGAUCGUCAGGAGAUCACUCGUAUGA